AUGAGAAGCUACCUGCGUGGUGUCUUCUCAGACCAAUAUUUGAGAGAGCAAGAGAGUCUCAUUAGCGACAUCAUCGACCAAUUCAUCACCAUAAUCGGGGAGAAAGGAUCCUCGAUUGACGGUAUAGAUAUCGUCAUGUGGUUCAACCUUGCCACUUUCGAUAUCAUUGGAAGCUUAGCAUUUGGUGAGUCUUUCGGUGGUAUCAGUUCUGGGUCUGAGCAUUUCUGGGUGUCCAUCAUUGUGAAAAGCCUAAGACUGGGCGCACUAGCCGACACUUUCAAGCGAUUUCCUUGGAUAGGAUACUUUGCCCAGACAGCCUUCUCAGGACUGCUAAAGCAGCUCAUCAAAGACACUCGUAAGCAUGAGCAAUAUGCAAUGGACCUGAUCAGAAGGAGGAUCGAACAAAACAGUACGCGAAAAGACUUUUUGACUAAAAUGCUGCAAGGUCGCGACAACGACGGCAUUUCAGAUGUUCAGUUAGCAGCACAUGCCUCAGAUUUUGUUAUCGCAGGAAGCGAGACGACUGCAACAGCUUUGGCUUGUAUAACCUAUCAUUUACUAAAGUUCCCAGAGAUAGGAUUGAGGUUGCAGACGGAAAUCCGUGAGGCUUUCAACUCUUACCAGGAGAUUAAUGGAACAUCGACAACAAGUCUGCCAUGCUUGAACGCAGUCAUACUUGAAGGGAUGAGAGUAUAUCCGCCACUGCCUUUUCCUCUCCCAAGAGUUGUUCCUCAAGGGGGUGAUGUAGUUGACGGACAUUUCAUUCCAGAGGGUGUAAGUAAGCUUGAAGCAGUAGAUACAGCCAUUUUCUUAAGCAUUCCUGCUAAUUAUAAGGUGCCGCAGACCAUCGUCUCUACAAACCCAUUCGCGGCUUCAAUGUCGUCUCAGAAUUUUCUCAACCCGUGGAAGUUCGACCCAGAACGAUGGUUGAGAAAAGACGGAGAGGAUACUCUGGGAGCAAGCCAGCCAUUUUCGUUGGGCACACGAAGUUGCUUGGGGAAAAGUCUUGCUUGGUUGGAACUCAGAACUAUCCUAGCAAAGUUAUACUUCAAGUAUGAUUUGAAGUUGCUGGACCCUCAGUUAGACUGGCAUGCACAAUCUGAGAUGCAUACACUAUGGCAGAAGCCAGAGAUGAGGGUUGCAAUCGUGUCCCGUGCCGAUAAGAGUUAG